CGGCCGUUGGUUUAGGUUUAAAUUUGAAUUUGAGUUUGCACGGGCGUCGGCCGUGAUGCCCAAGAACUGCGCGGUGACCGAGUGCUCGCGGAACGCGGGGCAGCUGGCGGCCGACAACAGGAGGAUCAGCUUCUAUAAGUUUCCAUCGAAUGACAAAGAAAGACUCGCACAGUGGCUUUCAAAUAUGAGAAGGGAGAAAUGGGUUCCAUCGCAGUACCAGUACAUCUGCAGUGAACAUUUUACUCCUGAAAGCUUUGAAUGGAGGUGGGGAACACGAUACUUGAAGGCAGAUGCUGUACCUACAAUUUUUUCUUUUCCGGAGCAGCCUACGGAAUUCUGCAGAUGCUGGACCCUGCAUCAAAUGUUGAUGUUUCAAGAGGGGUUUGUGUCCCAGUACAACAACCUUCACUGAGCUCUUGGCAGAAAAGGAAAGCAAUUGCUAGAUCAAAUGGAAAUAAACGUCAAAAACAGAAGUUGGAAGCUCAAAGAAAAGAAGAACUUUUGCAGCCAGAGGAAGCUGUUCCAGAUAGGUCUCCUGCGUUGACCGAGUCACACGCUCUUACCAUCCUAACCAUGCCAACAGAAUCAACUCGUUUAACAGGGGCAACAACAUCAAAUUCACUAACUGAAUUUGAUAAGGUUGAUCCAUGUGAUGACUCUAUAUCCCAAAAAAUGACAACAAAUACCACAUCUUUACCAAAUACAGCAGUGAAUUCCUUUGGUUCACUACAGAUAGCCAAAGUGGAACCAUCUCAAACUUUACUAGAAGAGCAAGCAGUGUUACCAUUUGAAAAUGUGGCAGCUAUUGAAACUGUACAACUUGCAUCAACGUUGGCAUCAAUUGAUGCUGUAGGAGCUACUACAAUGCUGCCAUCUGUCGAAACUUUACAGUUUACACCAAUGCAGCCAUGUGAUGAACCAAAGUCAACGUUUACAUCAAUUGAAAUUGUAUUACCGGCACAAGACCAACAAGAUGUUGAAACAUUGUCAUCCUUCCAAGAGCCUCCUACACCAGUCCUUUCUGCCAUUGCAACGCCUGCUUUUGAGAAUGUUGAUGCUUUAGCUUUAGAGUCAACUUCACAAGCAUUAUCACCCACAAACCUACCUUCUCAGACACCACAUUUGCUGACUGCAGCAACUGAGCCUCUGAAAUCUGUGUCUGCUUUUGAAACAGUGCUGACGUUGCCCUCUUCACUCAUUAUGCCAAUUAUGUCAACUCUACCAGUUGACCCAAACCAUUCAGCUAUAGCUCCGGAGACGAUUAUUGCGGCAGUAGAAACAGUUGUGACCACACAACGUGAUACACAGGAAGUGCAAGAUGAACAUUCAUAUUACAAAAAUGACCUCACCGUUGAACAGCUUGAAGAGAUUGUUGCUAGGCUGCAGAAAAAAGUGAAAGUUAUACAGCAACGAGAGAGGAGGAAUUCAGCCCGUCUAAAAGCCAUGGAAAAUCUUGUGGACCAGCUGAGAAAGGAAAAUAUUAUAUCAGAGGAGAAAUUGAAAAUAAUGGAGAUGACUUGCUCACAGACAAAUGGUCAGGCGAUGAAUCCCUCCGGUACUUUCACAGUCAUUUGUGAAGAUGAUGGAAAUCUAAUUUACACACUUCAACAGUCACCAAUUGAAGAUGCUAAUCAUGUCCCUUGAAGGAGAUGUUCAACUUUAAGAAUAAUUGGUUAUUAUUCAUUGUACGGUUAUUGUUUGUUCAUAAAAGUAUUUUUUAAUGAAAAGAUUAAAUUAUGUUUUAUUUCUA